AUGAACAUGGAGGAAGCGGCUGGGGCCUGGGCCCAUCCCCACCUGGACCAGUUAGGGUCCCAUCGCGCACUCAUCCAGACCGUGGAUGAAUUCAAGAACAAGUUCCUGGCCGCCUUUGGCAACCCUGACGCAACUAGAGCAGCGGAGCGGAAGAUUACGUCCCUCACACAAACCGGCACUUGUGCCAAAUACAUCACCAAGUUCCGCACGCUGCAGAUGGAACUCAACUGGAACAAUGCUGCACUCUGCGGCCAGUUUGCGCGAGGACUUCACUGGGAGGUUUGGAAACAGAUUGCCACUAGGGAAAGGCAACCACGCACCCUGAGGGAAUUGCAAGACGCAUCCCUCAUCAUUGACAACGCCCUCUGUGAGGAACGCGCCAGCCACCCGCAGCAGGGUAAUAAGUCUGGUAAAUCCUCCACUACCCCCAACCGGGGGGCAAGUACUGGCCAUCAGGCCACCAAAACCGGCCCUCUCUCUUCCAAUCCCAAUUACAUCUUGGAAGAAGAACGCAACCGCCGCCGCGCAGAAGGACUUUGCGUAAAAUGCGGAAAGACCAGGCACAAGUUUGCCAAGUGUAGAACCGGCUGGAAGGCCACCCCAAAGGAGGAUAAGGGGAAGGCCAAGGAAACCGCCAAGAUUGGCAAAGACUCCGAGUACCAAUUGGGAAAAGAAAUUUCCCCACUCUUCACAAUUUCAAUUAAGCCAGAGAAACAAGCGGACCCACUAGAAGUCCUGAUAGAUUCAGGCGCUACAUCAUUGUUCCUUCACCCUCACACCACGGAACUACUCCGCCUACCCCUAAUAGACCUCCCUCAACCCCGUACUGUGACUAUGCUUGAUGGGUCAAGCCCCCAGGCUGGAAAGAUUUGGAAGAAGGCCCACCUAACCUUCCUAUUUGAUGGUAAACAAAUGACGGAAACCUUCCUGAUUUGCAACACCGGAUCACACGCCGCCAUCCUAGGAAUUAAAUGGUUAGAAGCCCACAACCCUGAAAUUGAUUGGAACUCCCGUACCCUCUCCUUCCCACAUACGCCACCAGAACAUGCAACCAUUGCCAAGGAGGAGGAAGCUGAUCAAAAACCCCUUGAAGGAGUUCCCUCCAAAUAUCACCAAUACGCCAAGGUGUUUGGAAAGGAGGAAUUCAAUAAGCUUCCUCCCCAUAGGCAUUACAAUAUUGGGAUUGAGCUCACAGAGGAAGGACCCCUUAACUCCCCCCUUUACAGUAUGACUGAUGCCGAGUCCGCCACCCUCAAGGACUGGCUUAAGGAUGAACUCAAAGCUGGGAAGAUCCGUCCCAGCAAAUCACCUAUCAGCUCCCCGGUCAUGUUUGUCCCAAAAAAGGAUGGUUCCCGUUGUCUUGUAGUUGACUAUUGUUGCCUCAAUAACCGGACAAAAAAGAACGUCUAUCCGUUGCCUUGCCCAGAUGAUCUCAUGGCCCAGCUCCGCGGCGCCAAGAUCUUUACUAAGCUAGAUCUAAGGUGGGGAUACAACAAUGUCCGGGUAAAAGAAGGUGACAAGUGGAAAACUGCCUUCCGUACCAAAUAUGGUUUAUACAAGUCCCUGGUCAUGACCUUUGGCCUGACAAAUGCACCUGCAGCUUUCCAACACUUCAUGAACAAGUUGUUCAAGGAUCUACUGGAUGUAUGCGUCAUCAUCUACCUAGAUGACAUCUUGAUUUAUUCACAAGAUGAUGCAACUCACACAAAACAUGUCCAUGAGGUUCUGAAGCGGUUGAUGGAUAACCAGCUCUUCUGUAAAGCGUCCAAAUGCAUGUUCCACGUCACCUCUGUGGAAUACCUGGGAAUCAUUGUCUUGGACAAGGGUUUUAGUCUGGAUAAGCUCAAGAUCCAGGCAGUACAAGAAUGGCCGGUUCCCACAAAAGUCAAAGAAGUCCAAUUGUUCCUGGGUUUUGCCAAUUUUCUCCGCCGAUUUGUUGCCAACUUCAGCCACAUGGCUAGACCAUUGCACAAUCUGGUAAGAAAGGAUACGCCAUGGAAGUGGGAUACCAGGGAACAGGAAGCCUUCCAGGGCCUUAAGGACGCUAUCACCAACGCCCCAGUACUUUGCCACGCGGAUCCUACCAAACCCUAUUUCCUGGAAACGGAUGCAUCAGGUGCAGCUCUGGGGUCAAUACUCAGCCAACGGCAAGAAGACGGAAGACUACACCCCUUGGGGUUCCUGUUGGAAUUGUUCAAAGGUGCCAAACAGAACUAUGACACCCAUGACAAGGAACUCCUUGCAAUCAUCCGGUCAUUUGAGUAUUGGCGUAUAUUCCUGGAGGGGACAAAACACCCAAUCACAGUUUUCACAGAUCAUUGCAACCUGGAAUACUGGAAGGAAUCCAGAACCUUCAAUCGACGACACGCACAAUGGCACCUACUCCUUGCCGGUUAUAACUUCCAGAUUGUCUAUUGCCCCGGAAAGCAAUCAGGGAAACCAGAUGCCCUCUCACGCCAAUCAGACCAUGCCAAUAUCCCUCCUGCAGUCCAAACCAUGCUCCCAGACCCCGUAUUUGCAAACAUUGCCCUGGUCACGCCGGAAAAAGAGCUACAACGCCAGAUCAAAGCAUCCCUAGAUCAGGAUGAGUCCCUGGAGGAAAUCCUCCAAUUCUUACAGAACAAGUCCAAAGCACCCCCCUCCAUCAAACGCGCAUUUAAAGAUUACGAGAUGGAGGCUGGAUUACUAUUCUACCAAGGACAAAUUGUGGUCCCUGAUGUUGGAACAUUAAGGACGGACCUACUCCACAUCUUCCACAACAGCCCCUUGGCAGGACAUCCGGGAAGACAGCAUACCCUAGAAUUGGUGUCAAGGAAUUACUACUGGCCCGGUAUCCGUGCAGACACGUAUUGGCAUGUGGACUCUUGUGAAACAUGUCAACGGAUCAGAAAGCCUAAGUACGCCUCUAUCCCACCUCAGCCGCUUGAACUUCCUGUUAGACCCUGGCAACACGUAUCAUACGACAUGAUAGUAGACCUGCCUAAAGACGGAAGCAACGACUCAAUCUUAGUCAUAGUGGACAGCUUCACAAAGUAUGGGAUUUUUGUCAAAUGUUCCAAAAAGCUCAAAGCCCCCAAACUAGCGGAAUUAUUCCUGGAACACGUGUGGAAACGGCACGGCAUGCCUGAAAAAAUGGUCUCAGACAGGGGAAGGGUGUUCAACAAUAAGUUUCUGAAGGCACUAUACAAACGCCUAGGAAUUGACCCCCAUUUCUCCUCAGCGUACCACCCCCAGAGCAAUGGACAAACAGAGCGAGUCAACCCUUCCAUUGAACACUUCCUAAGGGCCUACUUGGGGGUUAACCAACGGGACUGGACUAAGUGGCUGCCAAUGGCGGAAUUUGCAUACAACAACGCCGUGCACAGUAGUACUGGGAAAACUCCUUUCAAAGCCUUAUACGGAUGGGAACCCACCUUAACCCCAUCCAACAUACCCACAGAUGUCCCAGAAGCGGAUGAACUUGCCCAAACAAUGGAAGCGCAAUGGAAGGAAGUGGAAUUGGCCCUCUGGCAAGCCAAGCAACGGAUGACAGCCGGAGAAAGCGGAAGCCUGACGGAAUUCAAAAUUGGAGAGGAAGCUUGGCUCGACGCCAAGAAUGUCAACCUCAAAACCUUAAGCCCCAAACUAACAGAACAACAUUUGGGCCCGUUCAAGGUUACCGAGAAAAUCUCCGACCGCGCUUACCGGCUUGAACUACCCCCAACAAUGCGCAUUCACAACGUCUUCUACAUGGGACUUCUAUCUAAGGUCAAAAGGGACAACAAACACGCCUUUGAGAACCGCCCACCACCAGUCACCGUGGAUGGGGAAGAAGAAUACGAGGUGGAGGGGAUCACCAAUGCUGAAGAAAGGAACGGGAAAUGGUUCUUCCAAGUCAAAUGGAAGGGCUAUGGAUCCAAAGAGAAUACAUGGGAACCUCAAGAAAACUUAAAAAACGCCAAAAAAAUUUUAGAAAAAUACGAAAAGAGAUGA